GCCGCUGCUAAGAAAAGAUCAAGACGGCACUUGACAGAGACUGAUGAAUAUGUCAGCGGGAAUAAUGAAGGACUCUUGAUGGAUGCAGUUACUGUGUCUACUGCUUAUAAAAAAAUGAAGUCACUCUGCAUGAACAUCAGAAAUGAAAUUUUUACUGAUAUGGAGAUUCACAAUCAAAAUAUACUUCCAAGCUUCAUAGACUUGCCGAAUCUUUCCUCAGCCAUAUAUAGUGCAGAACUUUGCUGUAGAUUGCGUGCAUUCCUGAUUGCAUGCCCCCCUGCUGGCCCUUCUCCUCAUGUGACUGAUCUUGUCAUUGCAACAGCAGAUUUUCAGAGGGAUCUUGCCUGCUGGAAUAUCAAGCCCAUUAAAGGAGGAGUUGAUGCGAAAGAGUUGUUCCAUUUGUAUAUUAUCCUGUGGAUCCAGGAUAAGCGGCUCUCUUUGCUGGAAUCUUGCAAGCUGGACAAGGUGAAAUGGUCGGGAGUGAAAANCAUUAACUGUCUAAAUGUGGAUAUACCAGUAUAUAAUCUGCCAGUGCCAAGGUUGAUUUAUUUAGUUGCUGAAGAGGACUGUAAUGUCAUAAAGGCCAUUGCUGAUAUUGAGAAAGCAAUUUUGGAUGCACUAGAGAAGCAAUAUGCAGAUGUCUUGUCACCAUUAAAGGAGAAUUUGACACCCAAGAAGUUUGGCCUCAAAUAUGUGCAAAAACUUGCCAAAAGAUCAGUUUGCCCAUAUAUUGGGCCAGAUGAUCUGGGUAUUCUUUUGAAUUCAAUGAAGAGGAUGCUUGACAUUCUGCGCCCAAAAAUAGAGCAGCAAUUUAAGUCCUGGGGUUCAUGUAUCCCCGAAGGAGGGAACACCGCCCCUGGAGAGCGCUUGAGUGAGGUGACUGUGAUGCUUCGCUCUAAAUUCAGAAAUUAUGUGCAAGCAGUCAUCGAGAAGCUCGCAGAAAAUACGAAGUUGCAGAGCAACACAAAGUUGAAGAAAAUUUUACAAGAUUCCAAGGAGAGUGUCAUAGAAUCAGACAUUAGAAGUAAGAUGCAGCCAUUGAAGGAGCAACUUACGAGUACAAUAAAUCACCUUUACACCAUAUUUGAGCCUAAUGUAUUCAUCGCAAGUUGUCGAGGCUACUGGGACAGGAUGGGACAGGACGUGCUAAGUUUCUUGGAAAGCAGGAAAGAGAACCGGGCUUGGUACAAGGGCUCGCGAAUUGCAGUCUCUAUCCUAGAUGAUACAUUUGCCUCUCAGAUGCAACAGCUUUUAGGUAAUUCGCUUCAAGAGAAAGACCUUGAGCCUCCAAGGUCCAUUCUUGAAGUGCGUUCCAUGCUUUGUAGAGAUGCAACAAAUAACAAAGGACCAACUUAUUAUUACUAGAUGUAAUUAUGUAUAGAUGUCCUAUUCAUUUUACUUUUCAGUUUCAUUUUUUCGUUUCUUUUUGGUUCCGACAACGAAAAGAGAAAGAAGGGUGUAGUAGCUAUAGCCUAUAGCCUAUAGGUGGAUUCGCCUCAGAUUAGGGGGGGACGUCGGUGCUGAGGAGAUGUGCUCUCUUAUGGUGUUUUAGGCCUGCUACAGAAGAAUAGGAUAUAGUUUCUCACACAGUCAUUUUUGUUGUGGAAGCAGGUUACUCUACUGCUCCUGCUGUAUUAAUAGCGAUAUAAAAGACGUAUAGCAAUUCACUUUUUAUUCCAGGUCUUGAAUUACAGACUA